GACUUCGACGAGAAGGUGCUCCCGUCCAUCGUCAACGAGGUGCUGAAGAGCGUGGUGGCGCAGUACAACGCCUCCCAGCUCAUCGUGCAGCGCGACCUCGUCAGCCGCAUGAUCCGGCAGCGGCUCAUGGAGCGGGCAGCCGACUUCCACAUUCUCCUGGAUGACGUGUCGAUCACGCACCUGAACUUCAGCCCAGAGUACGAGAAGGCGCACAGCUAA